AUGGCUUUCCUGAAGCAGUUAGUGGAUCUUGUCCAGGCCAUUUUACUACUAUCCCUAAAUAUAAUAGCCAUGCAAUUAGUACUAUUGUGUCUACUGAUACUGAAGCUCACUCCAGCCUUUGCAACCACCCCGAAUGAUGCCUAUGGUGGUGAUAGUAGUGGCUGUCCAUUAGGGACUGACAUAUACCAAUACACUUGCCCUGAAGCUGAGGCCAUCAUAUUCUCUUGGGUGGAGCAGGCAGUGUCUCAAGACUCAAGAAUGGCAGCCUCACUUCUUAGGCUACAUUUCCAUGAUUGCUUUGUUAAUGGUUGUGAUGCUUCAGUCUUGCUAGAUGACACACAGGACUUUGUUGGUGAGAAAACUGCGGGUCCAAAUUUGAAUUCCCUGAGAGGAUUCGAAGUAAUCGACCAAAUCAAAUCCGAACUGGAACUAGUCUGUCCACAGACUGUCUCUUGUGCUGACAUACUCGCAACUGCUGCCAGAGAUUCAGUUCUUCUGUCAGGAGGUCCAAUUUGGGAGGUGCAAAUGGGAAGGAAAGAUGGCAUUACUGCUAGCAAGAAUGCAGCAAAUAAUAACAUCCCAGGUCCAAACUCCACUGUUGAUGUGCUCGUAGCUAAGUUCGAGAAUGUAGGCCUUACACUUAAAGAUAUGGUUGCCCUUUCAGGUGCGCACACUAUAGGGAAAGCUCGGUGCAGAACAUUUAGGUCGCGCUUACAGACUAGUAGUAACAUUGAUUUCGUCGCAUCAUUGCAACAGUUGUGCUCAGGACCCGACACAGUUGCACAUCUUGACCUGGCUACACCUGCUACGUUUGAUAAUCAAUAUUUUGUAAAUCUUCUAUCUGGGGAGGGAUUGCUCCCAUCAGACCAGGCUCUUGUGAAUGGCAAUGAUCAGACACGACAGAUUGUCGAAAACUACGUGGAGAACCCAUUAGCUUUCUUUGAGGACUUCAAACUUUCUAUGUUGAAAAUGGGAAGCUUGGCAUCACCAACUCAAACUAACGCCCAGAUUCGUAGGAACUGCCGAACUAUUAACUAAUCUUAGUUAGCCUUUGCUUUUUAAGUAAAAAAAUCUGAUAUUGCCCUAUGUAAAAGCAAUAUGGUGGGGGCAUGCUAAUUGAUUAUUAUAAUGAACUAUGUUAUCCUAUGGGGAGUAAAAAUUAAUUAAUGAUUACUU